AUGGUUGCGCAACGUAUUGUUGUGCAAGCUUGCCUGCACCCACAAGAGUCCCAUCUCAACUGGGGCGAUUUGAUGAAGCCACUGCUGCAGGGAACCAAAGCUGAGCAACUUGAAGCAAAGCUUGAUCAAGGAUGUCCACUCAGCAGCUUUCCGAAGGACCUUGCAGCGGCCAUGCAGAGGUUGGAUAGCGGACGGCUGUACAGACCCGGACCCAAGUCCAGCAGUGCCGACCUCUUUAUCAAACACUCCACGCUUACAAUAGAGGUGCAGGACAAAAGCGGAGUGUCGACUGGAGUCUCGUUCGCUAAUGUUUGCCAGGAAGUGGGAAAGUGCAUUCAGCAGGGAUCAGUGCUAUGGGUGCUUGUUGCACUCAAGCUGAAUGAGUCGCUCAGUCACUGUGUUGGAGAGGCAAGGCCCUUGGUGCUUGAAAGCGGCACUUAUCAAGAGGAAGAGCUCGCGGAUGGAGGGUCCGGUGGGCUGUUGUACCGUCCCAAAAGCAAAGGGAGCUGGCAAAAGCGGAUUCAGAAUGGAGAAUGGCACGACGUCACAACAAAGAUACAACCCAAAGGCAAAGGGGAAACGCUUCAAGUGCGACAGGAGUUGCAACUGGUGAUCCCGCAUCCGAAGCAUGUUAAGGAGUUCCUCGGCGAGUCUGACUUUGAGAUGGUGAAGGAAUUGGCCCAGAAGACACGUGACAGAACGGUCGACAUACCCUUCUUGAGCCGCUUCUACAACUUCCAGAAGCCGCAUGCGCAAGGCACGUGA